UUCAAAGUUCAAGGUGACUCUGAGAAGUCAAUUGGCAAUAGCUGAAGGCGCUCUUCCACUAGACCUGCCUGGUAACUUGUAUGAGACUUCCUCACCAUUGGUCCUUCUGAUACCAAAGUGCUGACAUUGCAAACGCAUGAUGGCCCAGCUUGUAGCGCUAAAGCCUGCCUCGCUUUUUUCAAAAUUUCAUCCAUCGACGACCCACUCAACUAGCAGCAGGCAAGCCAUCGUUGCGGUGUUGCCCCCGGGAGGGACAAUAUGUAGAAGAAACAUGCACAGGGGCCCCCUGUCAGGCUUCAGUAACGAUGGUGUUUCGUCGUCGUUCUUCCAGGCCAUGCCCACUUGGACGCCAGGGCACAUGAGGAGGCCAAAGGGCCGGUCGUUAGAUGCGAGGAACAGAAGGGCAGUGGUUGCGCGGGCCUUCCGCAAUGAUGACGAGUCCUUUAGCCCUGAAUAUAUAAGAGCCCUGCUUUUCAUAUCGUUCUGCGCGUCAAUCGCAACAUUGGCUUUAUCCUGGCAUACUUUUGGUCCAUUGUUUUGACCACAAACUCAGUUCUUAUACUCAGAGUCUCCACUUUUGCUCGGAAGGCAAGGUCGUAUAGGGAACUUCUGUACAUGUGCUUGAAAUUCUGUUUACAAUUGAGACUUCGAAUUCCAUGCGUAGUUUACCCUUUCUACCUCAAUCCAGUCAUGCAGGGUGCACAAAUGUCGCGAACCGCUGAUUCUGACCUUGUGAUUGCACUUUGUCCU